AUGGCAGUGAUGCAGAAUCUUCCUGAAUAUGAACGCCUUCACCAGGAACCAGUGACCAGGUCAUGCGCAAUUCCUUUGAAAAUGCGAGACCUAUCCCUUCAGUUACAACUUCCUCACUAUGAUAUUGUGAAUGGUCCUCCAUCGCGCUGCGUGUACGUCAUAAGUGCCCAUUUGGCAUUCAAGACCUCAAUCCAGCCCGAAAAGGCCAAGGAUACCAACAGAAUACUCGAGUCGUGUAAAGCUGAAGUGGGCGCCGUCAACCUCUUCUUCCCGGACAUCAAAUCCGAGUCGGUUCGAAUUUGUAUGGCUGCAUGGCUCGCAGCCAAUUGCGCGGUGGAUGAUGAGCUGGAAGAGAUGCACCCGGCUGACGGGGUUCGUGUCUUGGAAGAGAGCAUUGCUAUGCUCCAGGCAGACAGAUCGAAUCAAUACCCAGCGGGUGCAGUCCCAUUUGUCCUAUUCACUUUCCGUGACUACUGCAGCGAGAACCUCGGUCUCUCCGGCACAGCUUUCCACAACCUCACCAACGACAUUUGCCGUAUGUGCCAGGGACACCGUGACGAGCUUUUAUUUCGUCAAGAAAAGCUCCCCAACAACCUGGAAACCUACCUGCACAUUCGUGGGCGGACAAUGGGGAUUGAUCCGUUCUUUACGCUCAUCUGCAGCCCGUACCCGGGAGUUGAUCCGGAAUUCGUCUCCAGAGUCCAACAACUUCAAAGCAUGGUCGGCUUGGUCGUCGGCCUUCAAAAUGACCUCAUUGGGCUUGAAAAGGAUUGUCGAAAUGGGGAGAUGAUGAACGCAGUUUUGGUUUCGCUGCGCGAACAGGCAGGUGGGGACGAGAUAUUUCCCGAGGUUGUUGGGGAGAUAUGUCGGAUCCACAACGCCAGUCUAUGUACUGCUAUGGAAAUAUAUCAGAGGCUGAAGGUGGAGGUUAGUGGGAAGAGGUACGAGGAGGUUCUGCCCACUACGGCGCUGGCCUUUGCGGAAACCCAUUUGAAGUGGUGUGCAUCGGCCAAGAGAUACCAGGCAACACUAGAAUAG